CGGUCGGGAUGUAGGUAGUGGCGCAGAACAAAUUAUAUGUUGAUGCUUUGAGGUCACAACAAAUCAAUCUCCAAUAUUUGGGUCGUGGAGGUGUGACAUUGUUUUGGAAACCCACCUCAAGACAGCCUUGUUACAACUGGGUCACAAUGUCCCAGGCAGUCGCUAUGCCAACACAAGACCUGGCCGAUGCUGAUGCCAUAAGGAUAAAAGUUGGCUACAAUGGGGACAUCCUUGUCACCAGUAUAAAGAAUGAAAUAACUUAUGAGGACUUCCGUGGGGAAAUUAAAGAGAUCUGCAAGUUCGAUGCUGGUCAACCGUUCACUGUGAAAUGGUUGGAUGAGGAAGGGGACCCUUGCACAAUAUCCUCGCAGAUCGAGUUGACCGAGGCCAUCAGACUGUAUGACCUGAACAAGGACUCGGAGAUCACUCUCCAUGUAUUCCCCAAUGUUCCGGAGAGGCCGGGAAUGCCCUGUGCUGGGGAAGACCGGAACAUGUACCGACGCGGAGCUCGGCGAUGGAGGAAAUUAUAUAGAGUUAACGGCCACCUCUUCCAGCCCAAACGCUUUUCCAGGAAGGCGUUCUGCUCGUUCUGUACAGACCGGAUCUGGGGCCUGGGUCGUCAGGGCUUCAAGUGUAUCCAGUGUAAACUCCUUGUGCAUAAACGCUGCCACAAGCUCGUGAAGAAAGCGUGUGGUGGCCCGGUGGAGCCCUUGCAGGGCCCGGCAUACGACAGCGACAAGAGCAUCAGCGGAGGGGGCGGUGGCAGCAUCGAGGAGAACGGCAACUCCCAUCAGAACAAUGUCUCAGUUUCAGGAGCAGCCUCUAACACUGUUUCCUACGAGCCAGGCAAGGAGGAGGAGGAAGAAGCACCUGCUUUUACAGAGACUGUGCAAGUUGAUACAUCGCCUGGCGACGAUGGCAAGCAAAUGACGAUGGAUGAGUUCCAGCUGCUGCGUGUGAUUGGUCGGGGCAGCUACGCCAAAGUGCUUCAGGUGGAACACAAGAGGAGCAGACGUAUCUACGCCAUGAAGGUCAUCAAAAAGGAGUUGGUCAAUGAUGAUGAGGAUAUUGACUGGGUUCAGACAGAGAAACAUGUGUUUGAAACUGCCACCAACUACCCCUUCCUUGUAGGACUGCAUUCCUGCUUUCAGUCUCCCAGCAGGCUGUUCUUUGUGAUAGAGUUCGUCAACGGCGGCGACCUCAUGUUCCACAUGCAGAGACAGCGCCGUCUGCCAGAGGAACAUGCCAGGUUCUACGGCGCCGAGAUCUGUCUGGCACUGAACUACUUACAUGAGAGAGGUAUUGUGUAUCGAGAUCUGAAGUUAGACAAUGUGCUGCUGGAUGCAGAAGGCCACAUUAAACUGACUGACUACGGCAUGUGCAAGGAGGGGCUGGGCUCAGGAGAUACCACAGGGACAUUUUGCGGCACGCCAAACUAUAUUGCGCCAGAAAUACUACGAGGCGAGGAAUAUGACUUCAGUGUAGAUUGGUGGGCUCUAGGAGUCUUGAUGUUCGAGAUGUUGGCAGGACGAUCGCCUUUUGAUGUUGUCGGUAACGCUGACAACCCGGACCAGAAUACAGAGGACUACUUAUUCCAGAUUAUUCUUGAGAAGACAAUCCGAAUCCCGAGAUCCCUGUCUGUAAAGGCUGCAUCAGUUCUGAAGGGAUUCCUUAACAAGAGCCCGAAGGAGCGCUUGGGGUGCCACGCCCAGACCGGGUUCGCGGAUAUCCAGUCCCACCCGUUCUUCCGUGCCAUCGACUGGGACAUGAUGGAGCGGAAGCAGAUCGCUCCCCCGUACAAGCCUGUCAUCAAGUCUGACCGGGACCUGGAACACUUCGACCCUGCCUUCACCAACGAGCCAGUCCAGCUCACACCAGAUGACCCGAAAGUGAUUGACAAGAUCGAUCAAUCAGAGUUUGACGGCUUUGAGUAUGUGAAUCCAUUGUUGAUGUCUAUGGAGGACUGUGUAUAGACAUAGGUGGCACAUGUACCGAGCAUUCCGAUUGGCUGUUGAAGCUGCUUCCUAGUGGUUGAUGUAAAGGCUAUGUGUGGAUAAUUUUGGAGGAAUAUGACAAGUUCACAUACUGCUGUGACAAGAAACGUUAUCAUAUGUUAUCUGCACGAUAUCGAGUGUUUUCAAUGUGAUAUUGACAUGCUAUCAACAUAAAAAUAGCAUGUAGUGUCAUUAAGAUUUGACGUGAUAUCAAUACAUCAAUUUGAUAUCAGGAUGACAACAAUGAAAUUUACAUUAACAUGUCAUUAUCAUGAUGUUAACAUGUUUUGGAAGUCAUAUCAAGCUGCGAUCAAGAUAUCGACAUGUCGUCCUCAUGGUGUCAGCUUCUGUUUGUGUGAUAUCACCCGACUGAUGACAUGAACAAGCUAUUUCUUACCACGAUGACGCACAAUACGCAUUGCACUGACAGUGUUUGUAAUCGAAGUACAUGGAUAACAAAGCAAGAAGCAUGCUAUUAACUUGAUCUGUCAUCAAAAGAAAUUGUUCCAGUGCAAUUUUUCACUCUUUAUAUGGAGCUUAAGGCCAUGCAAAAAUAAUUAUUUCGCAAAUUCACCAUCUUUGUAAUUACAUCUGUGUGUCCGAUCUUUUGGGUCUGUCCGAACAAGGCGAAAGGACCCCAAACCCCAAACUGAUGCAUCUUAAAUCAUUAAGAUUUUUAAUUUAUUUUCAGAAUGAAUCUGUUGUACAAGUAAUUACAUUUGUGUGGCCUUUGUGGUUUUUACUUUUCUAUAAUGCAACUUUCUUCACUGAAAGAAAUGAACAUAUUAUGUUGAACAAUAUGAACAUAGGGAUCCUAUGUAUAACAUUUUUUGGAAAACUGUUUGUCAAUCUCCCAUUACGGGUCACGUCAGAACGACCUUUCGCGAAUUUUGUCCAACCAAUGAAAUGACUGACAAGAAAUCGACAUUAGCCAAUCAGAAGGCAGCUCUCUUGAGCUUUACGACACUAGUUUCAAACUUGCAACUACGCUUCAAAACAUAUUUUGACGUAUUCUCGAUUAAAAAAAUUAAAACUGAUCAGAACUUUCUGGAACGGCUUAUAGAAGGCCUAGAUUGUAUGGAUAUAAUCAUAAAACCCGUAACUGUCGUUCGGAAUACAUGUGUUCAAUAUUUCGUGGUUGCAUGUUUAGAAAACACAUUCCGACUGUCACUUUCAUAAUCUGGUAAGCGACGCUCUGAUUGGUUGGAUGAAAGGUCGAUCUGACGUGACCCUUAAUGGGAUGUCCUCAGAUCUUUGUUUCGCGAUAGCGAGAACUAAGAUCUGAUUUUAAUGAGAUUGAUUGUUUGUAGAAUUCUUAUUUACUUUUUAUCAACAUCUGGUCUCAAACCAGCCUGUCCCUGACUAGAUUGGUGAUGUGAUGUGAAACAGUACCCACAUAGAUGAGAUUGGAGGGGCACAGACACCAGAGUUGUGUCCCUUUGCAGUGUCAGGUUCUGCUGUCAUGGGUCAAAUCCCAGAUUGCCACAAUUCUGAUCUUUGUCUAUCGGUACCAAUCCAGAAAUUAUGCUUAUACAAACGUGUGACCUGAUUCACUUCGGGCAUUCCACACAACUAUCCUGACCCAUCAGGAAACAACUUCAGCACUGAUCAAUGUAGCAUCAAACCCAAGGGAGACCUUGGAACACCAACUCUCAACUGUGACCUCAUUCACACCCAGAAGGGGGGCACGGGUGGCCCAGUCGUCUAAGGCGCCACGAUUCGCUGUGCAGAGUUGCGUCCCUUGGGCACGCCAGAAACCUAUGAUUGUGGGUUCGAAUCCCAGUUCGCCCCGAUUAUGUUUCUAGGUUUGUCAGCACCAUACCUGUGCUCGUGGGUUUCACCGAAGUGGUAAACGUCUGAGACCUGCAUCACUUCGGGCUUUCCUCCCACAUUAAGCUGACACGCCGUGAUAUAACUGGAAUACUGUUAAAAGCGGCGUAAAACCCAACUCACUCACUCACUCACUCACACCCAGAAGCCAUUGAUUGAUUGUCACAACAUCAACCACGGGUUUGUCUGGUCCAGAUUACUGCCACGGUAUCUCUGCCUGUUAUGAUAAUCCCAUUCAUUCUGUCCUGAGUAUGGAGCAGUGGGGUAGCCUUGUGGUUAAAGAGUUUACUCGUCAUGCGGAAGACCCAGGUUAGAUUUCCCCAUAGGGUAACAAUGUGUGCUGCUCAUUUCUGGCGUCCCUUGCCGUGGUAAUUUUUUUAAAAGCAGUGUAAAACGUACUCACUCACUCACUCACUCCUUAAUCUAGUUGUCAGGGCAUAGCUACUCUGUCGAGAUCAUUCACUGAAUAUAUAAGAAUACUCAUACAUUUUAUAGAAGGCUGAGCAGGCUUCAUGUUACCAUAGGGUAUGUCCGUGUGUUGUUGAAGGGUUGUGUAAAACAGGAGUACAAUUAUGAAAGUAUUUGCGGUAUUUUUUCAAGUUUUAUAUUGUUUUACCUGAGAUGAAGGGCGUUUGUUUUGGCCUGAUAAUGAGCUGUGUGCAAGAGGACCAAACUUGACUACAUCUGACUGUGUAUGAUAUUAAGAUACAGUGUUGCGGAGGUUUCCUAGUUGCAUUUUUGUAGAUUCAAUAUUCAAUAUAAUGUCAAUCAUUUUUACUCUUUUGUAGAUAAUAAAAUACCUGUCAUUA